AGAACGUUGAGAUUAUACAUAUCAAGUGAAGACCCUUCUGAAAACUUAGUUCACAUAGUUACAUUUAUAAUGAAAGUGUAUUUACCUAUGUGGUUUCAAAUAAAACUGAACGAUUCAAUUGCAGAUGGUGCGAGACAUGUCUUCACUAUGAUUAAAAAUUCUCGGUACUUACCAGAACAUCUUCUGAGAGUAGUUGAUCCUGUGAUACAACACAAUGCUUAUUUCGCGCAUCCUGAAAAUUUGCUUUUAUCUAUGGUCACAGAUGAAAAUCGGAAUGUACGUAAGAUUGGGGUACAAAGGAUUUUAAAAGCCAGAGAGACAACUUCUACUGCGAAGAAUUCGGUGCGCUCAUUCAUUUUGCCAAAACUGAACUUUAAUGCCACUAAUUACUAUGAAAUGAUCGACUGGUCUUCUACAAUACUAUCACCUCCUCCAGUACUAAGAAAUGUCUUAAAUGCAGAUCUGUUAUCUUCCAUUGAUAACCAACCAUCUAUCUCUCAAUGGAACUUGUCAAGCUUUCCAUGCCACACUCAAGCGGUAGAGCGAACUGUUAAGCUUGUCACUGAAGCGUCGAACAAGUUUGCCUAAAUUUGAUCACAAAUCCCAGUUUGUAAUUAACGCAUAAAGAGAGUUCACUGUACAAAUCUUC